AAUUUGAUGGCCUAAAAAUAUAAACAUAAUAAUAUUCUAAUAUUUUAAUAAAGCUGUUGAAUAAAUGAUGUUCACUAAAAAUAUUCUAAUUGUAUACUAAAACGUUUUUGUAAAAGUUAUUUAAAUAAAUGAACUUAGGAUUUAAUAUUAGUUAAGUUCUAAAUAGAUAACUAAGGACAUUCGGAAAAGGGAAUAGAUUAUAAAUUGCAACUGCAAAUGUAGUAGAUUUCUGGCAAUAAUGUCCGAAUAUUUAUUACAUGGACUGUUUCAUAUGCUUAUUUUACAAACAUUAUUUGUUUAGUGAAUACCUGUAGUCGUUUUGUUUUUUGUUGUUCUUUCAUUGAAAUUUGCAAAUGUUAAUACCACAGUAGAGGUUAUUAUACAUCUAAAUGUAUGAAAAAGUGUUUGAGAUAUAAGUAAAUAUAUUGAAAGUAUACAAAAUAUUACCAGCUGAAUUAAGUGUGAGGAUUAAAUAUGAGUUGAAUCAAAUAAAUACGGUGAAGUAAUUUUUAGAAAGGCCAGCAAUUUUAAUGGCAUUUGGAAAUUGCUCGGUUAAAUACACAAAGGAUAUAUGUGCGUUAAAAGGAUUAUAAAUAUUAGAAAAGUCACUCAAUUUCGGAUUUCAUUACGGCCUUACCUAUGCAUUGGUAUUACAACUUUUUGGUACGACGGCCUUAUCUAAUGGUCCUGGCCGUGGCCGUUUUAUGUAUAGCUUGCAUCACUGUAUCCGUGACCAUGAAUUCGGUACCAGAUUUUAGUGAUCCCACGUUGGGAUUUGAAACACGAGGUACAGCGUUAGGAAAACGUCUAAGCGCUUGGAAUAAUUUAAUACAGGAGACUGGACCCUCUGGUAGUCUGGUGACAAACCCAAAUGAUUUGCUGUUUUACAAUAAUAAUAACUAUCAUCAUUUAAAAAAUAUGCGAAAACAUCAACGUCACAAUCGAACUCACAAACGUAAAAAUCGAAAAAAGCCCAAAAACCCAAAACACCAUAAAAAAGAAUUACACCUGAGUAAGAAGAUAAUUUCGUUGCAAAAUCGGUUUAAUAUAACAACUCGUAAGAGUAAUGACACCAACCUUUUACCAACUCAAUGGAAUGGUGAUAGUGGCGUCUUUCGGGAUUAUGAGAUUACAAAUGAUUCAUUGUCAAGCUUGGAACAACUAAAUCGUAGUGAACAUUUUGAAUACGGUCGUAAUACCACAUCCAUUGAUGAAGACUACCACCGAGAAAAGGUGCAGUCUAAAAAGAGUACGUGGAACAUUAUCAAACAAGCUCAAUUUCCGCCAAACGGAAAUACUGGUCCACAUGUGGAAGGUUAUUUUUGCGAUUCACCCUCCAAAGAUUACUCCCACUUUGUAGUUGAGCGUAUAGGUCCUAAUGAUACGGAUUCACUUUUCGACCUUAAUGGUUUGCUAGCCAUGUGUCAAUUACAGAAUCAAAUUAUUGCUAUACCAAGUUAUGGUGAAUUUUGUCAAAGAGAAGAACUCACUGACACCUGUUGUCGCCCAUGGUCACUACCCAAUUAUGCUGCACUUCUGGUCAAUAAGAGCUCUUGCUUCGAUUUAAAUAUUACGGACGUUGUCAUGCUACAAAAUUUAUUGGUGAUGUGUUUCGAAUAUUAUCACGACUUAAAGUUAAGUAAUGAUUGCAGCGAGUUUAGCCCCUGUCAAGCGCCAAGCGAAUGUACUCACGGAAAUAUUGUUUAUAAUAUUUUACAUUUUUUGACUGAUUACAAUUUCAUUCGUAUGAAUGACACAACAGUAUUUAUGAAAUAUGCAAUGAUAUUUGUACCUGUAGCAUCUACAGCAAAAAUUCUUCCAUUAUUUCAUGAAUGGGAAGAUACUGAUUUAAAAAAUGAACUUGUUCAAGUAGUAUCAAUGGACUUGGGACUUGAAAACGAACUAUUUAAUGAGUCGUUACUUACAGACGUUUGGCUGGUCUCACUAGGCGGAGUCUUCGUUAUGACAUGUAUUUGGUUGUAUACAACGUCGAUUUUCGUUACGUUGAUGGUCUGUGUGGCAGUGAUGUUUUCAUUGGGUUUAGCAUAUUUUGUCUAUACUUUGGUCUUUAAAAUGUCAUUCUUUCCAUACAUGAACUUAUUGGCUGUGGUUGUAAUAAUAGGUAUUGGCGCUGACAAUGCAUUUCUUUUUGUAAAGAUUUGGCAAUGCGUUCUAGCGGAACGGUUUACCAAGUCAGCAAAGUCAACCUCUUCUACUCACGCAACACCAAUUGUUGAGGGCGGAAGUGAGCACACAGAAACCCUACAGAAUUUAAUGGCAUCCGCAUUUCAUCAUUCAGCAUUAUCAAUGUUUGUAUCUUCUCUAACCACUGCUACAGCUUUCUUUUCGUCGUAUACUAGCUCCAUAACGGCUAUUAAAUGCUUUGGUGUAUUUGCCGGAACGGUAGCUGUAACCAAUUAUUUACUUAUGAUAACUUGGCUGCCUGCUGUCGUCUGCAUAAUGGAACGUCUAUCUGCUUGUGCAAGCUGCAAUAGUAAACUUCCAAUACAAAAGCUAUUGCUAAUGUUCAAUAAGUCAAUUACAAAGUUCUGUCAUCUAUAUGAGACAGUUAUAACGAAGGCUGUGAUGAAUUAUUCAAUAAUAUGGAUAUGCUUAUUUGGUGCGAUAGGAUUAUGCAGCACAGUUAUUGUAUUGUAUGCGCCUGGGCUGCAGUUGCCGGAUAGCGACCAUUUUCAACUAUUCUCAAGUAGCCAUCCAUUCGAAAUAUAUAAUAGUAAAAUGAAAAAUGAGUUUUGGUUUGAGAAGUCGAUGUCGGCUUAUGAAAAUUUUAAAUUACCAAUGCGCUUCGUUUGGGGUAUACAACCAGUUGAUGACGGCGACUACACUGAUCCUUUUUCCCAUGGGAACUUGUAUUAUGACAAUAAUUUUAAUAUAUCUACAAAGGCUGCUCAAGUUUGGUUGCUAGAUUUCUGUAAAAAAAUAAGAAAACAGCCAUUUUACGAAAUUACUUUUGGUUUAUUAUUGCCGAAUUGCUUCAUUGAAAAUUUUAUAUCCCUUAUGGAUCGCAUGUGUAUAGAUGGUAUGGAUAAUACUGAUCGCACUCCUUGUUGUGACGUAUCAAAGUUUCCUUUCGAGCCAUAUGUCUUCGAUAUUUGCUUGCCACAAAGUAUGUCCUCACUUUACGCUACUCCGCGGGAGUACUACACUCCUGGUGUCGCCGGGCCAAGAUUCUUGGCCGACAGACGAAGCAAUCCACUACUACAAACUUAUAAUGAAAUCUCAAUUGGUAAUACAUCCCAACAUGUUACGCUCGCACCGCCACAAGUGAAAGCCUUAGUGCUAGAGUUCGAAUCGAAUGUGGCCUACACAACGGCCUACACAGAUGUCAAAAAAUUUGUACAAUCAGUGGAGCUGUGGCUCGCCAACGAGUUGCGGGAGGCUCCGCCUGAAAUGCAGGGCGGUUGGUUUACCAGUGAACUUAAGUUCUUUGAUACCCAAAGUACACUUAGUCACGAUACGUUAGUAGCGAUUUCAGUUGCUAUGAGUGCUUCGCUCUUGGUUUUACUUUUGGUUACUUUGAAUGUUUUAGUAUCUUUGUAUGCGGUGAUUACAGUUUUACUUACAAUUUUUACGACGGUGUCAAUACUAAUUUUACUCGGUUGGAAAUUAAAUGUGCUUGAAAGUAUAGCUGUGAGCACUGCCAUCGGAUUGGCAGUCGAUUUCAGCUUGCACUACGGUAUACAUUAUCGCAUGUCGCCGACGAAGGAGCGUCUGGCCGCUAGCCAUUUCACCUUAUCACGGAUUGUGGGGCCAACGUCGAUGGCAGCAAUCACUACAGGUGCUGCUGGUGCUUUAAUGCUGGCGUCUAACGUACUGCCAUAUAUACAGAUUGGUUUAUUUUUGGUUAUUGUUAUGGUUGUCAGCUGGUUAUAUGGCACAUUUUUUCUUAUGAGCCUGCUAAAAACGGCUGGUCCGCAGUACGGUUUCAUGCAAUUCAGUUACCCGUUAAUGAAUAAAGGAUCAUCAACUACUGGCAAUAAGUACUAUGAAAGAAAACAAAGUCAAGUAAUUGCGAGUGAACAGUUAUUAACACCGUCAAGUUCCGCUGUCGGUGAACUAAUAAACUCGGAAACCCAUGAACUCGAGUCGCUCACAUCGAGUUCAUUAAUUAAAACUAUUUCUGGUACAGAAAGCUCUCAUCCGCUGAGUGUUGAUUUCGAACAUUCAUUCAAUAAUAAACACGAUAUAACCUGCGCCAAUUUUUCUACUGUCAACGAUCACAAGAGUCCGUCUAUUGAAAGUCCUGAGUUACAUGUUACAAACUAAGAUACCUAUACAACUAUUUUUGGUAAACUGUAUACGAUCAUAUGCAUACAUAUUUACUAAUGUUAGUGUUUAUAUUAAUUAGAACUUACCAUGCUUCUGCAACUGAAAGCACAAAUUGCAUAUGUACUUACAUAUAGUAAAUAUUUUUGGGAUAAUGAAUAGCAUAUUGUUUGUUUACCAGCAUUUAAUUGCUAACUUACAUAUUUGAAUCAGUACAGAUUCGUUAAAUAAUUGUAAACCGUAUUAAAAAACUUAAAAUAUAGAUUAAAAAUUAAGGAUUUUAUAUAACCAGACCUCCCACGAUGAAUGGCUCUAACUCAAACUGCUACCCGUUUACGUGGCUUAUAUGUCCGGACACUCCUACUAUAUUAUCAUGUAGUAUUAUUUAAGUAUUAAAUUACAAAUUAUGUUGCGUUAAGCAAUUAUAUUACUUAAAGUCUAGUUUUAUAAUGAAAAAAAAACACGUUAAGAAGUGCAUGUAGUUAGUCUUCCGUUAGCAAUCAUAACAAAAAAAAUUCAAUUUAGUGAGUUUAGUGAAUUCGAGUUCUUUACUAUUUUACAGCAGCUACGGCCGCGCCUUGACCUCUCCAGCGAGGCGAGUUUCUCUGCUCUCACAUGUACACAAUACAUCAUUCAGUAGUUGUUGAUCAGACUUCAGCGAGGACCAAUCACAAAACAGUAAACGCAUAGUACGCUACAGUAUGUUUAAAAAUUAUUGACAAAUCGAUUUUUUUGAACUUUGUUUUAAAUGAAAAUUAUUUGCAUUUGUGUAUUAACUCUUUUCUCAUUAAAAUUAUAAUAUACUUUUAUACUCGUAACAUGCACGAAACCGUUAGGUUGACGUUGCUCAUAGUCGUUUUACAAUUAAAAAUAAAUUUUUAUAUAUAAUAAUUUAUUUCACUAAUCAAUAUAUACAAUUUAAUUUUAAGACUUACUAUUAAUAAUUCGGUUUGCAGUAAAUUAUAGAGAACAACCCUUAUCUAUCAAUGCUUCUACUUAAUACAUCAUGUUUAAUAUUAUUAUUAUUAUAUUAUAUAUAAUAAGUGUAAUGCACAUUCAUAUAUACAUUCAUCCAUGGUUAUAAAUAAAAUAUUAUAGAUACUUCAUGAAACGUAAUUUUAGGUGCAAGUAUCUAAGAAAUUAAAUUAUAUAACAUAGUUCUUUAUAUGCUAGUUAGUAUAAGCGUUUUAUAUGUCCAAUGUGUGUAGCGUUAAUUAGGAAUAAUUUAAAAUAAAUCAAAUGUUGGAUUAAAUUGUUUCGUUAAUCCACAAUUAUACACUAUGUUACAUUCCUAAAUGUAUUUGAAAUCAUAUGUACAACAAAUUGUUUUGAUGUUAAUGACACAAAAUAUAAUACAUAAUAUAAUCAAGACUACGGAAUGUUGUGAACAAAAGGUGCAAACGUCAAUAUGUAGUAUAUUUAAUUAAUUUACAAUAAUAUAAAUAUUCGAGUAUAGAAAAGCUAAAACAUAUAGCUACAUAUAUAUAAUGCAGAGUUUAAGUUCAAUGUACUUCCACUGUCAAAAGAAACAAAUAAUAAUAGACGUAUAGAUAACUGUGAUAUGAUAUAAAGCUAGUUUAAUAAAACAUAAUUAUGUAUAAUACUUUGAAUUAAAAAUUAUUGAAUUUAUUCCGGAAUGUGUGUAGUUAUGUAUAAAUAUAUAUACAAUAUAUGUAAUAUGAAGUUUUUAAUAAAGAUAGU